UUCGGCCCCUCGGCCACCAUGAAGCUGACGCGAAAGAUGGUCCUGUCCCGAGCCAAGGCUUCGGAGCUGCACAGCGUCCGGAAGCUCAACUGCUGGGGCAGCCAGCUCACAGAUAUUUCCAUAUGCCGGGAGAUGCCCAGCCUGGAAGUGAUCACACUCAGCGUCAACAGCGUCUCCACCCUGGAACCUGUGCGUGGCUGCCGACGCCUGAGUGAGCUGUACCUGAGGAGGAACCGCAUCCCCAGUCUCAAUGAGCUGUUCUACCUAAAGGACCUGCCACACCUCAGGGUGCUGUGGCUGGCUGAGAACCCGUGCUGCGGCGCCAGCCCGCACCUUUACCGCAUGACUGUGCUGCGCAACCUGCCCCACCUACAGAAGCUGGACAACCAAGCUGUGACCGAGGAGGAGCUGACUCGUGCCCUGAUGGAGGGAGAUGAGAUCACUGCCGCCCCUGACAAAGAAGGCACGGGCAAUGGCUGUCCCAAGGCCUCCUGCACCCUCAGCUCUGUCACCUCUGCCACUGAGACCAGCCAGGGCCUGCUAAGCUACACGGAAGAGACAGAAGUACCGGGCCAGACUGCUGGAGAUCAGUGUCCUUCCUUCUCACAAAGAGAUGCUUUGAGGAGUCACAAGGAUAGGAACAUCCUGACUGCCAUCUUGCUGCUGCUGCAGGAGCUGGACACAGAGGGGCUAGAGGCUGUCCAGCAGACUGUGGGCAGCCGGCUACAGGCGCUGCACAGGCUGGAGCCCCAGGAGGACAUGGAGUGACUUCCUAGGCCCCAGUGCCUGGACCCUGUUAUAUCGUGUGGAAACAUGACUCCACCUAGAAAGCCUCCCUCUGAACUCUUAGCACCAAGCCAGUGCAGAAGCAGUGGCUGCCAGCUGGGCAGACCUCUCUCCUGUGCCUA